AUGACUUGUCCUUACACCAGAGGUGUUAUUGCAAAGGUAAUGAUGGAUUGUUUGUCUCAAUAUUGUUUAGAAAAUAAAAUAUUUGUUAUUGUUGUUGAUAAUGCCACUACUAAUGAUGCAAUGAUGAAGAUUUUAAUGGAUAAGUUUGAGAAAAGGUCUUUGAUGCUUGAGGGUGAUCUUUCGCAUUUGCGUUGUAGUGCUCACAUAUUGAACCUAAUAGUUCAAGAUAGAUUAGGGGUUAUUAGUUCUGCAAUUGAAAAAGUUCGUGAUUGUGUGUCUUUUUGGAUGUCAACUCCUAAAAGAAUUGAAAAUUUUGAGGAGGCUUGUCAUUUUUUGGACUUAGCUAACAUUAAAAGGCAUAGUCUUGAUUGUAAAACAAGAUGGAAUUUAACCUACUUGAUGCUUAAAACUGUUUUGCCGUUUAAAGAUGUGUUUUCAAGGUUAAAGCGAUUGAAUAAAAAGAUGAAUUUUGUUAUUCCUAGUGAUAAGGAUUGGGCUUUAGCUGAGCUUGUUUGUGAUAAGUUAGAAAUUUUUUACAGUACAACUAAUGUUUUUUUUGGAAGAAAGUUUAUCACUAUUAAUCUUUUUCGAAGGGUUUGUGAGAUUAAGCUUGCUAUGGGUAGGUUGUUACAAAGUGAUGUUGAAAUUAUUAGAUUAAUGAUAGAAAAUAUGCUUGAAAUAUUUGACAAGUAUUGGGAUCAUAUGUGUGAACUUUUGGCUAUUGCUACUAUCUUAGAUCCAAGCAAUAAGAUGGAUUCAAGAGUUCGUAGGUGUCUUGAUAAUUUGGUUGUGGAGUAUCAAAGGAAAAGUAAUAUUGUGAAAAAUGUGAAUGAUGUUGGACAAAGUAGGAAACAACAUGCACCAAGUUCUAUAGACGGUGCACAAGAUGAAUUUGCUCAAUCUAAGAGAACUAAGGUUAGAAAGGUGAAUAGGUGUGAAUUGGAUUUUUAUUUAGAGGAAGAACCAUUAUCGGAUGAUGAGGAUUUGGAUGUCCUUUAUUGA